CUUGUAUUAAAUAAUAUCCAAAUGCGAUGUUUAUUUAUUAUAAACAAAGAUAAAGUUAACAUUUAGAGUUUAGAUUUCAAGGUAGUUUACCCAAUAUGUAAUAUUACAGAAUGAAGAAAUCUUAGAAUAGUCCAAAAUAUUUAGGAAAGCUUUAAAGAAUCAAAAUCUAGUGACCGAAAUUUUGAAUCAAACAUUUUUAAAUAAAAAAAAAGUAUAUUUUUAAUAAGUUUUUAAAUAACUAGUUCAGUGAAAUGUGAUUUUAUCAUUAGUCAUAAUGAAUAAUUUCCAUGUAUACAUUGUAAUGUAUUACAUUUCAAAUCUUUGUUUACAAAGUAUAAAAAGCGACAGUGAUUGCGGAACCCUCAGAAAAAUAUUCGCAAACGCCUCAGCUCAGUUCACAUCAUGUACAAUUGAUAAUUCUCGACCAAUAACCGUUUGCGAGAUCUGCAAGGAUAAUUAUGUUGAUAUAUUAGAUAGCUAUAAAAACAUGUCCCAAGCACUCGUUAACGGGACAACCUGUUUAGAUAAGUUCAUUAAUCAAGAUAGACUGCAAAUCUUGCAAAUAAUUUACAAUAAUAAUUUAGAUAUGUGGAGCAGAGCUAAAUGUGAUGAAUGUUACGAUAGUAAAAUUUAUACUUACAAUCAAAGUAUAUCGAAUAGAACUGAACAAUUUCACAUGUACUAUAAUACUUUUAUGAACUGUACAACACAACACGAGAAUAAAGUGUGUACAGAGUGUAUGAAAAAUUACACCACGUUAGAUACCUAUUACAAAAGCAUUAGCAACAUAAACGAAAAAAUCGGCGUUUGCAUGGAUAUAGUGGAUAUUAUGAACACAACGUGGACGUUUUGGAGUAAUAAUUGUUGUAAAUAUCGAAAGCAUAACGAAUACAUAUUCAUUGGAACAAGUGUAGGGUUACUUAUAUUGACUGUAGUAUUCUAUUUAGUAGUGCAAUUUUGUAAUGAAAAGAAGGCACCGACGAUAAUUCAACAAUCGAGGUUCUUCGAGUCCCUAAAUAUUUUCCGAGAUUAAAGUUUUAUCUUCUAAAUCUACACACUAAUACUUUUUACAAAUCUAUACAUAUUUUUACAAUUCCUGCGACUCAAUGAAAU